CGUCGACUGGCAUCAUUGAUGAUCGGUGUGGAAGAGCAAUUGGCUGUAGAAUUGAGCGAAACGAUCGUAACCGAAGCUGUUCAAGAAGCACUAANAAACUCUUUGCUAGGUGAGUUAGAGGAACUGGUCGCGAUGGUUCCAACACUGCGAGUAGUUUCGGUGCAAUACGAACAUGCCAACUGGAGUGUGGUGGCCGAGAAAUGUGAUACUUCAAUAACACAAAGCCAAAAAUAUACUGUUUCAAAAUCAUCUGCUGUGACCAACUGA